GACGACUGCGACGAAGAAGAGGAAAAAGUAAAUGCAGCAGCCUCGAAGAAGCUCGAUCGGGAAAAACUCCAAACUCGUAUUUGAUCUGAUUUUCCGGACGUUUUGAGCGUGAAAAAUGUCCUACUAGUGGACGAAAGUGUUUGUUAUCCGAUCACCAGUGCACGAACGUUGAAAACCAAUCGUGGAAUAGGCUUUUCCAGAGGAAACGCAGCGCUCUGGACAAAGUAGAGGAAAACAUCUUCAGGCCAUCCUGAUAUGAACUACUUUGUCAUGGCCGUCCUGCCGAUACCAGCUCGGAACAUUGAAGGCUUUCCAAACUUUCAUAGCAUAGGUGAUCCUCCUUCUUCAUCACGCACAGCAGAGCAGAAUCCAGUGUCAGUUUUGUCGUUAUUAGAUUUUGCGCUUGAUCGCACCGCGUAGAUCAACCGCAGAGUAUCCACCGUUUAGAGGCAUACGCGCAGCUAGUAGGAAGAACCUAGAGAGAACAAUUUUAAAGAAAGGUGUCAUCGUUUAUUCUCUUUUAAUUUGAUGUGAAAAUCAGUAUACUGCGAAGGAAAAUGUCCGCUACGUCGUCUAUUAGUUCGACUCAUUCGUCCAGCAAUAGCGGCAACAGCGGUAACAACAUUAGCAACAGCAAUCCCAAUAACGUGAUUUCGUCUGCAUCAAACAUUGUUAUUCUGGAUAAUCAAAUCCUAGAUAGCAACGAUGUUGUGGCGGCCGCAGGACUUCAACAACUUUCCAGUGCAGGAGCAGGAGGCCUGAAGUUGACGAGGGAUUGCGCCGUGCAGUAUUCGAAUUUAAUCAGCAGCUACACAGCGAGUAGCAACAACAGUGGUAAUAACCACGGUAAUACAAAUAUCGUAGGAGGAAACAGUAGCUCCCAAAUGAAUACAGUAAAUAUCAUCCAAGGGGAUGCAACCCAGACAAACUCUCGAGUCCAAGUUCUAAGCAAUGUGCAACUGGUCUCUUCUAAGGGUGCUUCCCAGCCGUCUACGUUCAGCUACGUAGAUGCUAGCGGUAAGAAUUUCAACGUUCUUACCUCCAGUGGUAAGCUCAGUACAAACAAGCUGAUAAGCGUACCAAUUACAAAAGUGAAAACAUUUAAUCACAUUGGACAGCAGCAGCAGCAGCAGCAGCAGCAACAACAACAACAACAACAACAACAACAACAACAACAACAACAACAACAACAACAACAACAACAACAACAACAACAACAACAACAACAACAACAACAGCAACAGUUGCCGUCACAACAAACGCAAAUUGUGUCAUCCCAGAUGCCACACCAGUCACAAUCACAAACACAAUCGCAUGGUACUAGUGUUCAAAAAGUUACAGUGCCACGAAACAUCCAAUUGGUGACGAGGAUACCGAAUUCAACCAUUUCCGUAAGCAAUGGGCGCGUAUCACAGAUUACGCCAACGUUAUCGUCAUCUUCCCAGCAACAGCAGCAGCCGACACCGCAAUUCACUAUCCAGCAAUACCCGGACUCUAGUGCAAACAUCCCACCGAGUUUGGAGAUUCGGUCAUCGGCAUCAGGCCCGAUCAUCAAUAGUACUAACACUAGCAAUAUCGGCAAAGCUGUAUCCACUAAAAGCAAAAAUGCAGCAUCGUUGAAGAUGAUGCAAAACUCUCAAAUCACCCAGCCAAGUACGACGACGACGACCAAAUCGGUGGGUAAAGGCGUGAGUGUGAAUCUGAAGAGUGUACGGAACAAUUCCAAAACCACCGUUUCGGGAGUCAAUUCGCAAUACUAUAUUAAAAACUCGUCCAAUGGAACCAUGCCACAACCGGGAACUACAACAUCUAUUUACACGACGUCACCGGCUCAAGCAGUGUACCAUAAUCCGACGCCUCAUCCGCCUCAACAUCCGAUGCAAAUUCCCAUCAACACGGCUACCGGUAAAAGUAGGGGUGUAUACAAAACAUCAAAAAAUCAGCUGAUUCAGAUACAGCAGCAACAACAACAGCAACCCCAUCAAUCCCCACAAAGGUCGUUGACUCCAUCGUCGAGUCCGGUCGGUGGAACUAUGCCACCUAAUGUAACCUAUGCAGGUACUGGCACAACAACGAUGGUGCAAAGUAACGUCAACAAUCGUUACCAAAACUACAACUCGUACCCAAUCCCAGCCUCUCAGUCCCAGUCCAGUAGUACAACGUCAUCUGUCAGCAGUAACUAUAAACAGUUUAAUCAUCAUCUCUACCAAGGUGCUACUUCGUCGUCUUCAGUGACGUUCGAUUCAUCUGGUUCGUCUACGAUGACAAUGUCAGGUGGAGGUGGCGGUCAUCAUGAACAUCCCAUUCCAUCGGUUACAGUCACCGGGUACAGCAGUUCCACCGGGAAAAACAAAAAAUAUGCUUCCGUCAUUCAAAACGAAAGCAACAAUCCCACAUUCGUGUUGUCACCGGUGAAAACGAAAGGCACUGGACGGGGUCGUAACAACAGUACGUCAAACUACCAACCAGUCGAAGCAGUACCCUAUCAACGGUAUUCGGCCUCUCCAUCCAGACCACACCAGCAACAACAACAGCAGCAGCAACAAUUCCAAACAACAUCGCCCCUUACCAGUGGUCCAGGCCAGUAUCAUCAACAAGCCACUGCCGUUGGCCGAGAUGAUCAAAUUUUCCUCAACGGACAGCAAAUGACCGACGAAUCAUCUGCGCGAAUUCUUCAAAGCUUGUCCCAGCGAUCAUCUGAGUCGGGUAAAUAUGGUGGCUAUAAGCAACAACAUCAACAGCAGUUCACCUUCUAUGGUUCGGACAAUGUACCUCACUCAUCUACCAGUAACGUGGGACCGGGUGGCAGCAGUGCAAACACAGCAGGAAUUAUCUAUGAUCCAAGUGACGUUCGGUUUUACGAGGAUAAACACGAUGGCAGGAGGUCAAGCUCUUCGGAGGUCAUCACCUACGCGGAUAACAUUCCACUCCGCGAAGGGUAUCCAUCAUCGUAUAACUACAACCAUCGCGAUGAUGAUGAUCACAUUGGUGAGGAAGUGAGGCCCGCUCCGGUUGAUACCUCCAAUGGCAGGUAUCACAUCCUCCAGGCGGUCCUUCAGGAUCACACCUAUUUCGCAUCAUUGCCGGAGGUGAAGUUACCGGAACCUCAGCCACCACCAGCUCCAACUUUGCCGCAGCAAACCCAAUUGCUUCAGACAAGCAUACCUGCUACUAUAUCACACCAUCAACCUCCUCCUCUACACCAUCAUCAAAAUCAUCCUCAACAGCAGCAGCAGCAGCAACAUUAUCAACAGAUACUAUCUUCCUCUCACCACCAGCACUAUUUGCAGCAAUCUCAAUCAUCGCAAUCGCACCAGCAACCAACGAAUUACAAACAGCAAACCAGCUUGCCUACGUCCGUUGCUUCGACUGUUAUGCCACCAUCCUCGACCUCAGUUAACAUUACAAUUCCGUCGACUGGUGUCCCAGUUCCGUUGACUCAAGUGAACUUGGGUACGUUGGUUUCCAUCAGCGGAAGUGCUGCAGUUGGUGGUAGCUUGAGUUCACCUGUUUGUACAUCGACUGUUACGACAACCACUCCAUCAGCCCUCAUGAUUGGUAAACAGCAGCAACCGCAAUCGAUCAUUCCGGGCAGUGCCCUGGAUUAUAUCUACCAACGGCAAUCGAUUCCACCCCAAGAUGAUGAUGCCAAUUCGGUUAUCAGUACUGGAUCUCGUAAUUACAACAACAUGGAUAUUGAUCUGGGCGAGGAAACCGAAACUGCACCGGAAGGGGAAGGUGAAGACGAUUCCGUCACGCGAUGUAUUUGUGAUCUGACGCAUGACGAUGGCUACAUGAUAUGCUGUGAUAAGUGCUCUCGUAUUCUUCAUGUUCAUGACAGCGCCUGGCAACACGUGGACUGUAUGGGCAUCGAUCGGAUGAACAUCCCGGACGAGUACAAUUGUGAGAUGUGUCAACCAAGGCCUGUCGAUCGAACCCGUGCCCGAACGCUGCAAAUGGAGAAGCGGAAGGAGCAGUCGCUUAUCCUGGCGAACAAUAAUCUUCAAAUACCGGUGGCUGAUGCUGCCGUAACAAGUACGAAUUUGAUGGGCGUUGCCGGAGUGGUUCCAGUGACUACCACCACCAGUGGAAAAGGUGCUAAUCAGUACACUACCGGCAAGAUCUUGGCAGGGUCGAAGAAAAACAAAGCUUCUGGUGGUAGUUCCAAGAAAAAAACAGGCGAAAGUGCGGCAGUUAAAAAGGCUACCAAGAAAGCGUUGGAUGCUCUGAAUCGAGUAAAUGGGAAGAGGAAGGAACUUAAGAAACCAUCGAAAAAGAAAGUGAAAACCACAGAGCAAAACGCAGAGAAGAUGUCCAACAUGAUCCGGACAUGGAUCGAUAACUACGAGCGUGCCAUUACGAAUCAUUAUUCGCCGGAACUGCGGGCACGAUUGCAGGCGUUCGGCAAGAUGCAAUCGCAGAAUCCGCUUCUGAACUCGGAACAUUUGAUUCCAGCUACCACGCCGGUGGCUAAUCUUGCGCAAAAAUGCACCACUGUUCCACAUGCUGGUGGAAAAAUUCUGAUCAGUAUAGAGGAAAUUGAACCAAAGACUCCUAUCAUCGAAAUACGAGGGAAAUACAUGCUCUCUUCUCAGCACAAACCGCUUCAGUCAUUGUUCAACAUGGCAGCCAACGGCAAGCUGAGCAAUAACAAGAAUGCUGGACCAUUUUUGUUCCUAUAUCAAGUGAGCCAAGGUGGAAUUGAGCUUUGUGUUGACACUAGGACCUACGGCAAUGAUGCACGAUUUGUCCGGAGGUCCUGCAGACCGAAUGCCGAAAUCCUACACAAUGUGGAAAAAGGAGUUGUGCAUUUGUACGUUGUUUCUACGGCAAACAUCAAAGCCAACACUGAGAUUACCAUCAAACAUGACGAACAGCUUAUUCAGAGGGUAGGUGGGGUUGUCAUAUUGACACAUACUACCGUGACGAAGCUUUGCGCCUGUGGCCUAAUCAAAGAGUGUCAAUAUUCGUCGCAACUAAGUGAUGGCCUGCUUCCUACAGGUAAUGCUAUUGGAACGGCUGUUGCUGCUACCAGCGGUACCCUGCAGGCGGCUCAAGGAGGUGUGUGCAGUACAACGACUGCGAUUCCGAAACCUACAAAGGUCAAGAAAAAUAAUGGUGCUCUUGGUGAUGGUGAGAAAAAGCCUGCUAAAAAGCGAAAUAGUCGUUCAACCAGCUCAAACCCUGAAACAAGGUUGAGGUCAAUAUCGUCCAGUGGAGACAGUACCAGUGAAAUGAUGCUUUACGUCCAACAACAGCAACAACAGCAGCAGCAACAACAGCAACAACAGCAGCAACAACAGCAGCAACAACAGCAACAACAGCAGCAGCAGCAACAACAACAGCAGCAGCAACAACAACAACAAAACUCAGGCCCCAUUCAGCAGUCUCCUUUACCGCAACAACAACCCCCUCUGUCUCCUAUGCAACCGACGUUCCAACCAACUCCGUCGCAACUAGUUCAUCAACAACUACAGCAGACGGCAUUACAUUUCAUGCAACAAUCUCAGCCUGGUUUAAUGCAACCGUCGCAACCGGUGUACAUGUAUAGUCCACCACUUACUCAUCAAUCACAACCUCCUGCGGCACAACCACCGGUACAGUUGCCACCACCGGUACAGUUGCAACCACCUGUACUGUUGCAGUCACCGGUAGUGCACCCACCAACAGUACAGUUGCAAUCACCAGUACAGUUGCAAUCACCGGUACAGUUGCAACCACCGGUACAGUUGCAACCAACGGUACAAUUGGAACAAACGGUACAGUUUGAACCACCGGUACAGGUGCAAUCUUCGAUAGUGCACCCACCAACACCUCCUCCUCAUCCUGUGCCGCCGAUGAGUCCGGUCAUGAAUGUCAGCCACCGGGCAGGAUUUUAUACGGAAAUCAAGUCUCCGAUGAAUUCGCCGCCACCUCUCAAUUUGAGCGGACCACCACCAUUGGUAAUCCCCGCUUUGCCAUCUUCUAUCAAGCCAUCGUCUCAGCAUCCUCCUCCACUGCAACCAAUGACGGACAAAUCACCGCCAGUAGUUCCAACACCGAUGAAUGUCCCUGCACUAGCCAUUCCCAGUCUUUCCCAACCAUCGCAAGAUCAGGCCCGUCAGGAGUUCCAGCAGCAACAGCACUUUCAUCAGCAGCAAAUUAUGGAAGAGAUUAUUAAAAUCAAAAUUAAAUCCCCCAAAGCUAGUCCAAUGAAACAGGAAUACUUGCCGACUCUGUCAUCAACGACGACGACGACGACGACGACAACGACCAGUAUGUUGUCACCACCACCUCCACCGCCAAAUCCGAUCGCUCUGCGUCUACGUUGUGCGGAAAGUCUAAAGCAGGAGCUAUUUCAUUCUCACUAUCAGCCUCAGGUGAGGCCACCAUCGCCAUCGCCAUCUCCUCCUCCUCCUCCAACUCCUACAAUUCAAACUCCAGUAAAAGCGGAAUACUCUCCGCCUGUCGAACCAAAACAGGAAGCUGUACCUAUCGUAGAACCACAACCUGUAGUAGUGAAAGAUGAAAAACCCUCAGUGAUGGUGGAGAUCAAAACUGAAGAAGACAUUAAACCAGAGCCGUUGCCAGAACCAGAUCCGGUUGUUAAAUUAGAGGAUCCGUUACCUCCUAGCAGCAUCAAGACAGAGGAAGCUGAGCCCAUCGAAGAGGAAUCUCCAGUGAAGGAAGUGAAAGAAGAACCACCCAUGCCACAGGAGCAGGAUAGCAAAGAAGGAAUUGACUCUGCAAGUCUUUGUGGCAGUGCCACUAGUUCUCCGGUAAAGUCACAUCCUACGGCCGGAAAUGCCGGAAACAGCACAAACAGUUCGCCGCAUUCAACCUCGUCACAACAUCAUCCCCACAGUGGUGGUAGCAACAGUAGUAGCAAAAAGAAGAGUAAUCCUUUCAGGGAAACAGAAACGGAGAAAAAGGAAAAGCCUCCCUCAAGGAAGCUGACGCGGGAGGAGCGGAAAAUGGAAGCCAUCGUUAAAGCAUUCGAAAAGAUGGAACAGUCUCAACAACGGAAACAGGAACUCAAAGAACAACGCAAAGAAGGAAAACGAAGAAGUGUUUCAUCGUCCACUCCGGAUGAAGGAAUACCGACGGGUGGUAGCUCGGCCAAGAAGAAAAGCAUCAGCUCACAAAAACGUAAGAAGAAAAAGAGCAAAUCACUCAGCCAGCAUUUUGGUUCGCCCAAUCAGAGUCGUAAGAAGAAAGUGUCCAAGUCGUCCAAAAAGAGCAAAAAUGCCAGAGCGCUUUCGCUGGACCAGGAAUCAUCCAACCGGCCGUACGAGAGUAAGGCAGCCGAAUUGUUGCUCACAUUCUCGCAAUCGGCAGAACAGUCGACGAAAUCAUCUUACUUUGGAGACGAUGUAAAACCUCUUGCGGAAACUGCUACACCAAACAAUAAUAGCAGCGAAUCAAUAGUUGCAACAACGGCGCCCAACUUACCAUUGUUGAGUCCUGCUUGUAUGCUGGUUGAAGCUGCCGUUGGUCCCUUGGAACAGGCAUCGGGUGGAUCCGCGGUAGAGCAAGACUUCAAAUUCCCACAGAAGGCAAAAACGAAGAAGAGUAUGAGUCGAGAGUGGCUAAGUGGUCAGGCUGCGGAUGCCUAUAGAAGGAAUACACCGGAUCAGGACUCUGGGUAUAUGAGUGAGGAGAAAUCACAUGACUACAGAAGGACACCGUUUGAGGAGAACAGUCUAACUCCCUUGGGUGUAGAUGUCAGCGAUCCGAGUAUCUGUAUCGUCGCGAAGAAGGUAGAAGAAUUCAUUGCCCAGAAUUCACCGCAACCUGACGAAGUCGCUGCUGUGUGUAAGUGGGACGAAAAGGUAAACACAAGUUCCGUUACAGUGAGCAAUUCGCAGGAACAUCAUCAAACACCCGUCAGCGCAGGAAACGUAUCGGAAAGUGCUGCCGCCAAAAAACGAUGGUUACGACAGGCCAUUUCCGAGGAAACGGAUGAACUGACACAAGCUUCCUCAUCACCACCACCACCCAAUGGGUUUACGACUCCACUCAAGAAACGACGUGUCAUACGGCAAUCGGAAGAUACGCCUCAGCCUCAAUCCCAGCAGCAGCCGCAACAACCCACUUUGUUGUCGGCUCAGAAGAUUGACUUUGCUGACCAUUUGACACCGCCACAUCAUCCACAGAUGGUUGUGAUCAAUCCCCAACAGACCUAUCCGGAAAGUGGUAUGCAGUGGUCGAAUUCGGGACCACCUCCAUUGUCGUACCCUUUUGGUAUAUCUGAGGAUAAACAGGCCAUGGAUCUCUCGAGGACGGCAGUGCCUCCGUUACUGAUGGUCCAACAGCAAAGGAUACAGCCCUACAAAAUGGUACCCAUUGCGCAAGCGCUGACACCACUGCAUUUCACUGAUCCAGACCCUUUACCUAGCCCACCGGUAGCUCCGGUUCUAAUUCCCCCACCAGCAGUAGCACAAGUGCAAGCCCAUCACCAACUCAUUUCUCAGGAAUCUCGGGAAAUCAUACGGCAGACAUCUACGUCGUCGUUGGGAACUCAGCAACUUGCAUCAACAUCCAUUGCCGAUUAUGAGAAACUCCCGCCACCGCCUCCAUCGGCAGUGGCUGCAAUGGUUCCGGCUUCUCUUCUUCCACCUGAAGUACCGUUGGUGGUACCUCCAGAACCACUUCAACAACAACAACAACAACAGCAGCAGCAGCAUCAGCAACAUGCCAGAAUGGAUGUUAGUUACCCAAGUCUAGCGCUGGCUCCAGGCAUUACUCGUAGUAAAGGUAGUCAAAAGUACAUCGGUAGUCCUGCCAAAUUCGAACCCCCAUCACCAUCGGAAUCGCUCAGUUCUGGAGUGGCGGAAACACCAGAAAAGAAUUCAGUUACAAGCUGUUACAGCAGUGAAAGUAUUGUCAAUUCCGAUGUGGAAGAGGAUGCUACAACUGAGGAGCAAGUGGUUAGUGCGAGUCUCAAACCGGAAGUGGAAUCCGUGGAGGAGCCAAUAUUGGCAGCUGCUAUACAGGAACCUGAAUGUGUCACGGAUGAACCGACUAUGGAAACGCAGGAGGAUGCAGAAAGUGAAAGUGUCACAGCCACCGACAGUUCAACGACAAUCGUUAGUGCUGAAAGUACCGAGGUGCUAAUUCUGAAACCAGUGCUAGAGAAAGAAUCCGAAACAGUACAACAAGAAGAAGUGGUGAUAAGUGAAGUUGUAGAAGAAGUAGAAGAGGGACAAAUGGAAGUGAGCCAAACGGUGGAAACCACGAGUGAACUGACUGUUGUUUCGCAAGCGGAGGAAAUCCUAGAAGAGCCUCAAGAAGAACUCACGAGACCUUCUCCAUCACCAAUGGAAGUUGAUGGCGGUGCUCCACGUGUAGACACAGUUGAUAAUGUCCCGGCCUUAAAUGGUAGUGAGAAAAAACUGUUGGUAGCUCCCGAAGAAGAUCAUGAAAAGAAUGAGCUGGAAGAUUUGCAGAAGGUGAUUGCUUCGUUCCAUUCCGAGAACAUUAUGAACCUCAUUUCGCGGAAUAAGAAAUCGAAGAAAAUCGUUAGCCGGAAGAACAGUGCGGAUGAGAAAUCUCAUUCUUCAAGGAAACCAGCGAAAAGUAGAUCGAAUGCUUCAAGCAAGGAAGGAAGUAUCACACCUACAGCUCCCCAGUCACCCCCAUCCGAAGAACAGGAAGUUCUGGAAUGUUUUGAAAACGUUAUAUUGGAAAGCACCCCGGAAGUACGAAAUCUAUGCGAUCCUCCAGCACCAGAACCAGUUCCUGCACCAGUUCCUUCUCCAACAGACGAAAUGCCGAUCUCAACGCUAGGCCGAACUUAUUCUCAUUCAUCUUGGCAUGCAACGGAGAACUUCCGGGAGACAGCUGAAGUACGAAGCUAUUCAACCCUUCGACCGGACAUUCCACAGAUUAACUACAACUCACCUAGUACGUAUCAAUCGAAAGCUGCUCGUGAACUUUUAUCGUCGCUAUCUGCCGGAUCUGAGCCACUUUCCAGUUUUACAAGCUACCGCUCCAGCACAUCAUCCUUCCUGGACUAUCCGAAGUCAUCGAUAGGAGGAAGUACGGCUGCAACGGGCAAUACCACUAGCAGCACCUUCCAAUAUCGAUCGUCCAACGAAAUCACUACACUCCUGGAGAAGGGUUUCUCCAGUUCACGACCGUCCAGUUUCUCUUCGCUUGGGUCAGACCGAAGUACGGAUCGAGUUGGCAGUUCGUACUUGCUUUCGUCGACCAAAGUAACGGAUAAUCUCUCGACGCUAGGAUCGACAAGCACUACCUAUCCGAAGAUCUACACUAAAACGGCUAGUUCAGAUCCACGGCUGAACCCGGCAUUGACUACUCCGGAACCGCCAGCAGCAGUUACACCGAAACGGAAGCUCUCUAUCAAUGAAUACCGUCAGAGAAAGAUGCAGUCGUGCAGCACCUCAACGACAGUGACGGCAGCGGCGAAUACUACGGCAGCAGCGACAACUCCAGAUGCUCCUUGCAGCAUCUCAACCGCAAGCAACUGCAGCAACAGCAGUAGCAGUGAUUCUGGUGGAAGCAACCAGAUUAGCAGUAGCCUCGGUAGCAACGACGUCAGCAGUUCUAUCUGCAAGGAGCUGGAAUUGGAACUGGAACUCGGAGGAGAAAAGUCGUCGGCAAUGGAGGACAGCGGUAGUAGCAGUUUCUCUAGCGAAACGGUAUCCAAGACGACGGUGGCAUUCGCCGGUACGAGCGAACCUAGCUCAACCGAGGAGACAGUGUGAAUCGAUGUACAUGGAUUACCGGUGAGGGAUGGAACAGACUGCAGUUGAAACUGUGCCGAAACGGGUUGAAUCGAACUCAAUAGGUACAAUUCAACAGAACGAUGCUAGGGGAAGAUCUUGGAGUGCAUUGCAUUUUGCCCCUGUAUCAGCUUAACCAAAAAACUUGAAAGCAUGACCUACGCGUUGGUAACUAACAGUAGCAGAAGCAACAACAACAAGGAGAUGACAUACACAAAUUACAAAAGCAAUUAGACGCAGUCUUGGAUGGCACGCUGGUUGCAGUGCGAACUUGCCCGGAAACGUAGCCAACAGUUGCGGAGUGAUACACAUAGUGUUGUAAAUGGAGAAAGGGAGAGACAUAGAGCGAUAGAAAGAGUGCGUGUGAGCAGAGAGAUCUUUUGUAUUGUUUUGCCAGGAACAGUUUGAAAGGAAAAUAUCUACUUCUUGUGGAAGUACAAGCGAUUCAUAGGAUAUAUUGUGAUGUUCUGAUGAAGCUGCUAGGAUGAUAACUGUAUUUGUAAUAUUGUAGUAUAGGAUUAAGAGUAGUAAUCGAAUAGCGUUAGCGGGAGAUCCCGCUGCAAUUUGAAGUCAUUUUUUUAUGAUAAUGAUGAUGAAAUUCAACAAAAGUGCGUGUGAAACAUCCAUGUAGAAUAAAUGCAUUGUAUAAACUGUAACAUUCGAACAUUGUGACCUUUUUUUCCGUUUGCUGCUGUCCCAUUUUAUUUAACAGGCAUUAAACAAAUAAUAUAUGCAAGUAUUCAGACAACUAGACAUGACUAUGUGCUCAAAAAUUCAAGGAACUACCAGUUUUGAGUAUGAGUCGGUCUAUUAAUACCCACCAUAGUGUAGAUCAGAGACAGGUCAGAAUUUAGCAACGAUGCUCUGUCGGAUUCUGUUGAAAAUCAUUUUGUAUAAACAAGUAGAACAGAAAACAAGAUAAAUUGAAUCGCGAAGACUGAUAACAGAUGUUGUGAAGCUGUAUAUUUUGUACAUGAACUAGAACAAGUAUAACCAUCGGUCGAUAACAGUAGCGAGUGCAGUAGAUACAGCGAUAGGCAUUUUAUCCCCACUCGUUUGCCAUGUGGAUCCGAUGGAGCGUCGUUAUUUUCUGUUUUUGUUUCAGACCAUCCAGUGAAUAUAGUGUAAAUAGCCAGCAAUAAUAUUCCCCCAAAACCCACCUACUUGUAGAGACAGCACUUGGAAAAUAUCCCACUGUGUAAAUACGUGUAUGUACUACUAAUUUGCGAAGCAAGUGCAUUCUAACACCUACCAGUUUGCUAUUGUGAGGCAUGGACAAGAUUCUACUCUUAAUCAAAACAAAUGUCUACUUAUACCGAAAUGCUAAUUUACAAAACUAAAUCGACAAACAAAACACAAAACGACAACAAACAUGGUGUAAAAUAGUACAAAUAGCAUGUAUAAAAAGUAAAUUUAAAAGCAAACUGCAGAAAAAGAAAACGAAUAACAAGUCACUUAAAGUGGGAGGUAAGCAAAUCUAUAGCUAAUAACGGAAGUAAAAAACAACUUGCAUAGCUAAAUUAGCUCGUACGUAUUUACGUUAGUAGCACUCGCUGGUGAGAGGUAAACUAAUGAUAAUAAAAUGACAGCAGUACGACUAAACAAUGAUAUAAUGUAGCGCUCGCAGGCGAAAAGGAUUUUAAAAUCAAAAUAAAAGCUAUAUCCCUCCUGUAUCUUGGUUUUGCACUCUGAAAAAAAAAAUACAAUAGCAGAAGUACGGGGAGAGAAACCAAGGUACAGGGGAGAAUCCCACGUCAUCUCGUAUUAAAAUUAAAACAAGUUUAAAUCUUACCAGGCUAAGCAAAUUUAAGCAUUAAAUUAUUGACGCUAAAAGUAAGUUAUUAAUUAAAACAACAUCAAACCAUUAAUGGAUAUAUGCUCAUUCAUUCGCUCGUUGCAAGUGAAACGCAAAGUAAAAUCCUACUAAUAUUGAAUAACAAACACCUUAGAAAACAUACCUUUUUGUUGUUGCUUUGUAUCGAUUUUAUUUAUCCCGCUAUCGAAUAGGUGAUAAUGAUUAACCGCGGUUAAGACAGACAAAAAGAAAGCCUACUUUUUAAGCUUCAAAUUUUAAACUCAAAAAUCAAAUACAAGGAAAAAAUCUCGGACAAAUGCAGUGCGUUUGGAGAGGAAGAGGACAUUCGAUUCUCCCGUAGGAGUAUGUACAUAAAACAGAGGUGACACAAAUAGGUCCCGCUACUGAUAGUGCUAUUAGUGCUUUUCUCACCUAUCUUAUAACCUAAGACAGCGCGUAGUGGAAAUUAAGGAACACUAUUCUGUUAGACACUUAAGGUAAAAUAAUGCAAAUGCUAAAACCCAGACAUUGGAUACCUAUUGCAAGAAAGAUACCCAUAGAGUAUAUUAUGUUUAAAUGUUCUUUUUUGUAUAUUUAUAUUUUUUAAAAAAUGGUCUAAGUUGAUUGAAAAACGAAAAAAUGCAGAAAAAAGUAAACUACACAUGUAAUAUAUAUACAGACAAAAAUCAUGAUCAUGAUUGAAAUCAAGAAAUAUAAAAUCAAUUGAAAAAAUUA